CCGCAUGGACAAGUGUCAACAAAUGGCAUAAGUCAUGUUGAAUCUGCUAUGAUAUUUCGUACAAUAAUCAAUAAAAUAUUAUUAUAAGCAAAAACCACUAAUUAUUAUACAAAUAAAAUAAUGGACAGUCCGCUUAUUUAUAAUUUAAGUAGUGGAAAAGCAUUACCAGAAUGGCUUACAGAAAGAAAAAGAAGAACACUGUUAAAAAAAAACCCAGAAAUGAAGAGACACAUUGCUCUUAUUCAGGACUUCGAUAUGCCAGGCCUAAGCAACACUAUAAGAGUGACUCAAGAUGGCCAAUAUAUCUUGGCAACUGGUAUUUAUAAGCCCAGAAUAAAAUGUUUUGAUGUCAACAAUUUAGCAAUGAAAUUUGAAAGAUGUUUUGAUUCUGAAGCUGUAACUUUUGAGAUAUUAUCUAAUGAUUAUAGUAAGUUUGUUAUUUUACAAUGUGAUCGUUAUGUGGAAUUUCAUUCUCAAGAAGGGCGUUAUUAUAGGUUACGCAUACCAAAGUUUGGACGUGAUAUGAAGUAUCAUUACCCUACAUGUGAUUUAUAUAUUGGUGGAAGCAGUUCUGAAAUUUAUAGAUUGAAUUUGGAUCGAGGACAAUUUUUAAACCCGUUUAUAUCAAAUGCUGGUGAUGAAAUCAAUAAAUUAGCAAUAAAUCCUGUUCACAAUAUGCUUAUGAGUGGUACUAAGGAAGGGAAAAUUGAGGCUUGGGAUCCUAGAUCCCAUAUUAGCGUUGGCGUUUUGGAUUGUGCACUGAACUCUGUUACAAAUGAUACAAAUUUUGUUUCAGAUGGAUUUCCAUCAGUAACUGCUCUAGAAUUUGAAAAUGCUCUGACAUUAGCAGUAGGAACAGCUACAGGACAAAUUCUUUUAUAUGACAUUCGUUCUAAUAAGCCAUAUAUGGUCAAAGAUCACUUAUUUGGAUUACCCAUAAGAGAUAUUGCAUUCCAAGAAGAUAAUAUAUUGUCUAUGGAUUCAUCUUCGGUAAAAAUAUGGAAUAAAAAUACUGGUAAAUUAUUUACUGCUAUUGAAUCUGGAAAUGAUACUCAAUUCAACAAUCUUUGUGUAGUCCCUAACACGGGAAUGUUAUUUAUAGCUAAUGAAAAUGCAAAAAUUCAAACUCAUUAUGUACCUAGUUUAGGGCCAGCUCCAAAAUGGUGUGGAUUCUUAGACGCAUUAGUUGAAGAGUUAGAGGAAACUAAAAAAGAAACUGUAUAUGAUGAUUAUAAAUUUAUCACACGAAAUGAACUUGAAGAACUUGGCUUAGCACAUUUAAUAGGAACAAAUUUAUUGAAAGCUUACAUGCAUGGAUAUUUUGUGGAUAUUAGAUUAUAUAGAAAAGCUAAGUCUGUUGCUGAACCUUUCGCUUUUGAAGAAUAUCGUAGAAAGAAGAUACGAGAGAAAAUUGAGUCCGAGAGAACUAAUCGAGUACAAGUUCAGAAAUUACCUGCUGUAAACAAAGACCUCGCUCUUAAGCUAAUACAUGAUGAAAAAGAAGGAAAGAAAAAUAAAAAUACUUCAAGUUUAUUGAAAGAUGAUAGAUUUAAGGCUUUGUUCGAAAAUCCAGCAUUCCAAGUUGACACAAAUGCUGAAGAAUACAAGUUAUUAAAUCCUGUUUUGAAACGAUUAGAUAAGUCUAAACAAAAAGAAUUAGAAGAACAAAUCCAGAAACAAUUUGAUCCUGUAGAUGAUGAAAUUGAAGGAAAACCUAGUUCAGAGGAGAGUAGUGAUGAAUACAGUUCAGAUGAUGACCAAAAGUGGACAAAAGAAUUGAAAGCCGAGUACAGAUCUGCUAAAAGAAGAAGAAUUGCAGCUGAAAAAGCAGACCGUAAAAAAUCUUUAAAUGAAAAAAAUAGCAGCAGUGAUAAUAAUGAUAAUGAUGAUGAAAGUGAUGAUAAUAAUAUUACUACAUCAAGUGAACCAUUUUCUAAGGCCCCUAAAUUCUAUGAAAUUAAAGAAGGUGAAGAGUUCAAUGGACCCAAUGUUAAUAAAUUAGAUUUUUGUCAAAAUACAAGUGCAACACUCGGUGAAAGAAUCCAUUUAGAAAAUUUUAAUUCUGUAAAAGUAUUGUCCAGUGGAAAUCGGCAACUGACAUUUUCAACUCAAAAGGAAAAGAAGUACAAAAAAGCAGAUUUGGAAGCGGAAAAGCACAAACAAGACAGAUUAAGUGUAAUUAGGAAAGGCCCUAAAAACCUUAGAAAACCAAAGUUCUAUGCUGGACCAAAAAACAAAACGUUUCAUAAAAAAAGAUAACACAUUUUAAUAAUAUAAUAAUUAUAUUGUAAUAUAAAUGAUAUCAAUUAUUUAUUUAAUUUCUGACAAUUAAAAGUAAUGGAAAUUUCUUAUAUAUAAAGCUGUGAUGUUUUAUUUUGA